AUGUUGAAGAUCAAAACAUUAAUAUGUGAUAUUCGGAGUUCAACUGCAGAAAGCGAAUAUUCAAUUUCCCUAUGGGAUUUUGAUAUUCCAGACGGUUAUAUCCGCAGGCCGGCGGGCGGACAGGAGUACAUUUACGCUCCACCCAGUGUUUCUCCAUACCAUGAGGUUGAGAUUAACGAAGUGUUUUACCGUUUCGUGGAUAAUUGUGAUGACAGCACCGUUCAUUAUAGACGUGGCAGAAACUGUAACGCCUGA